AUGGCUUCUAGUAGUUUUCAUGAAAAACCUUCGGCUCUGCGAUUUACCGACGUGGGUGAAUUGCCAAAACGAAUGUUGGCACCGAUCGAAGGCUAUGAGACGGUUCCACUUGUAUCUCUCGAAGAAGCUGUAAAACCUCUUGUGGAUAUAGUACCAAACGUCGAACGAAAUGUAUAUGUAGUGAAAGAGAACUGUCAAGAUCCAGAAGAUGGCUUAACAACUGACGAAUCAGCUUCGAUUAUGCUUUAUACGUACGAGUCAAUACCGCAUGAAAACUCGUUGUAUGUUAAAUUGAAUGACACUACGAUCUGA